AUUUGUAUCCAAGUUAUUAAUAAUAAAAACACUCUAAAUCACCGCAAUUUUAACCGCAAAUUCAAUCACUUUUGGCUGCAACAAUUACAACAAACCCUCUCAAGAUCCUGGAGGGACUUACUUACUGUUACUGUAUUACUCAACUGCUUUACUGCAUCAGUCCACUGCUUUACUGCUCGAUUGCUGUUUUCCCUCAUUCUAGAGUAGCGUGAUUUGCGCAGCCACAAAGGUGGGACAACAAUAAGGUGGAAGGGCCUACACUUACAAUUCUUAAGAUGAAAAACGAGUUAUUGAGACAACGAGACAACACUUCACUCUUCUGUUAAGCGUUUUUGUCAUGUUUUUUGGCUGUCGCAAAAAGACAGCGCUAUAUCUUUAAGGACUCUAUCGCUCGAAAUACACACCGGUAGGCGCAUAUUUCAUCUAGCUAGCUGGCUAAGAUGGUCGUCAGAGGAAAGCAGUAGGUGUUUAUGUGACUUUGAAGUUGUGUGGGAAUAAACGAUAUCAUUGACAUCCUCUGAAAUAUCUCUGCGAGGAUCUGAAGAUCCAGACGACAGUGCAACGGAUGACAUCAGAGCUAUGAAGCUUUCUUGGGGAUGUAAGGGGUGAGUGGAUUGUCACAUACCCCCAGGAUGGAUAGCUUUUUCAAGGCUGCUGUGUGUGACCUAGACAAGCUGCUGGAUGAUUUUGAAUUAAACACAGAACUUGACUGCAAGCCAACUACACCCUCUGAGCGCCCACCUCCACCUCCCUACCCAGGUGCCUCUCAGUGUUUUGUGCCUGCGCCACCCAGAGUGUCCAACUCUCUGCCAGAUGUCAAUGCCCUCCACUACUGCCCAGCUACCACCCUCUCAAGCGCAAGCAAAAACCAAAGAGACCCAGAGUCAAGAGAGAGACCCCUGACGGGGGUAGAUCUACUCUCCUCAGUUGAUGGCCGGGCAAACAAGAGCCUAGCGCCUCCAUGUCCAGACAGGGCCUUGAAGCCUGUGUGCGAUCUGGUCAAUGACACCAGUUCAGCUGCAGUGAACAGCCACGAUGCCUUCAGAGAGCUGGAGGAGGCAGAGAAGCAGCUGGAAGAGGAGCUUCUGGUGGACUUCAGUAGUCCAGUUUUGGCCUUACCCAUCGGAGGAGCUCAUGGGCUGGGAAUGAACUCGCUUUCUGACAGGGCUCAGCAGGGAUCUGACCCAGCAAGCUCACUCAGUCUGCUAGAUGUGAUCCUCCCCGCAGCUGUGGAGAGGUUAGGUGACCUCCACGAGAGCCUCCUGACCUCUAAUAACACAGAACCAUUACUUCUUGAUGGUGUGGAGGUGCUACACAGCCAUACUUUACUGGAUGGUACACAUUGCUUGAAAGAACAAAUUGAGCCCCCCGUUGAGGAAAAUAUGGUUGCCCAACCUGUAAAUCACAGUAGGGAAGAUGUAGAAGAGGUUAGCUCUGUCUGCGAUGAAGUAAAUGCUGCUGUAGAGGACAAGGCUGCUUUAGCUGACACACAGCAGUUGGGCGAUAGUUCCCCAGAGAAGCUAGAGAACUGCUCUGUGAGUCCCUCUGCUGAUGUCGAGACUUCCAUGUCCUGCCUCCCCAUGGCCGUGUCCAUGUGUGGUUCUCUGGUGAGCUCCAGAGAGGCCUCAGAGGUAGAGGCCUAUGAAGCUGAAGAGAAAGCUGAGGCCUCUUCCUCUGAAGCUGAACCCGAGCAGCCGCUCAUUCAGCCACCAACCCAGGAGAUUCAGGCAAGUGCCGCAAGGUCAGAAGAGCGCGUGAGUCCGGAGGACCCUGUCAGUUUGGAGGUGGCUCCUGAGGAAGUGUCUGAAGGGAUGUCUCCUACCUCGGUUUCCAAUGUGGCUUCACCUGUUCACAUCAUUUCACCUGCCACAGGUGAGGUACCUGGUGGAAGACUGUCUCCGUAUGAGGAGAUGGGCUGCGGAAGCCUACCCGAGAGCAGCCAGUCACCACGCUCCGAUGAUGGAUUCAGCUAUCAGUCUGAGUUUGGCUUUGCCAACGAUUACCUUCCUGAGAGUGAACAAGCUGCCAUGGUGACCGAUGAGGAACUGGAUGCCUUUCUGAAGGCCCAGGUGGACUCGACCCAUUCGGAGAUCCCCUCGGAUAAUGCAGUUGAUGAUGGCUUCUCAGAGUUAAAUGGCGACAUGGGGGUGGACACGUCACUGGAAGGGGAGCUUCGGAGCUGUCCUGGGGACAGUUUUGCCUCUCCGGAGAGCGACCAGUCUUUUGCCUGUGUGGAAGAGAGCGAGAGCUCCCACCCAUCCACCCCAUCUCAAGACAGCAACCCUUGUACCCCAGGUAUGUCACCAGCUGUAUGUGUCCCCAACACCACUUGCAACUCCACCCAGCAGCUGUACUUUGGGGGUGCCCGGCCGAAAACCCUCUCCGGCCAGGGCCCAAGAUCGCCACCGGCGAUGCAGAGCCAAGGUGAACCCCAUGAAGCGUCCGCUCCAGGGGAACCCAAAGAAAACAGUGUCCACUCCCCACCCGGUGGAGAGACCCCUAGUCCACAGUGCGAGGUCCCUGGUUCUCACUAUCCCAAUCAGGAACGUUUCGAGUCCAGCUUGGAGUACGACGAACUCUCAGAACCUCCCCCUUACCCUGGGAGGACGACUGGAGAAGGGGCAGCAUCUCCUGACCAGGCAGGGCAUUCAGAGGAAGGGGGGCUGGGGUCCAGUCAGCCCUCCUGGGUGCCUGAUUCUGAGGCACCCACGUGCAUGAACUGUGCACAGAAGUUCACCUUCACGAAACGACGGCAUCACUGUCGAGCUUGUGGAAAAGUGUACUGCGCCGUCUGUUGCAGCAGGAAAUGCCGACUCAAGUAUUUGGACAAGGAGGCGAGAGUGUGUGUGGUCUGCUAUGACUCCAUACAGAGAGGUAAGUGUCUAUUUAUAUUUGUUUGUUUGUUUGCUGGUGUGUGCAUGUGGUCUGUUGUGACAUGACGCAGAGAUGUCUGUCUGUGUGUGUGUGUGUGUGUGUGUGUGUGUGUGUGUGAGAGAAGACUGCACUGGGGUGAUGCCGCCCUGUAGAAUCUGGAUCUGUUCAGACGUAAAUAGCAGCCCUCAGGAUUUGUCAGUCUUAAUUCAAUAGCAUCUUUUGACUCCACUCACUGCAGACCCUCCCUUCAAUCCUGUGCCUCUGAAACACUGUGUUGGUCGGCUGGGUUUGUUUAUGGCUUGGUCCGAGCCACUCUGUUUGUUUCCCAUUUAUAUAGCCAGGACUGUUUUUGGAGCGUUAACACUGAACAGACAGCUAGAAGACCUUGAGGAACAAUUUCCUAAAUUUGACACAAAGUGUAUGGAAUACAUAUGGAAUCACGGACUGUACCUUUAAUGUCACAGAAUCGUUUUAUUGAUCGCUGAAGUCAUGAGCGUGUCCACUGAAUCACCCCUGAGGGAAAUGAGAGCAAGGGGGGAAGAUCAGACUUGAGAUUACACAAUCUCUUCCCAAGGUUAGAAGC